AUGGACAACUUGCACGCGCAGACGACGGACGAUUUCAAGGAGUAUCUUGCGAAGGAGUGCAACACUUCUGCUUGGUAUGGCCCUUCGGAGUGCACGGACGAGGUGCAGCCAGUUGAUGCAAAAGCAGGACGAUUUAUCAAGGUGGAAGCUGGGAGGCAGAUGGACAUGUGGCUCGAGCAGUCGGACAACCUCGAGAGGUGGGAAACCGCGGCGCUGACAGCUUCUGAUCGGCGGGUACUGAUCACUCAGUGGAUUGAAGCGGCCAUGGCAAGACUCAACAGCCAGCAGGCGUUCCGAUUCCGCCUUUUCGAAAAGUGCGGGAUGGCCAUGACUGUGGACGGCUCAGGCGAUGAUCGGAUCACCUUGGAGGGUUUGGACAAGCCGUACACCUUCGCAAACGAUGAAGACUGUAGCGAGGACGAAGAAGGUUUGAAGAACGGCAGCGAUGAGCCUGGGGGGCGCGGGAAGGAGGACGAUGGACGUGAGACGGUCGUGGAGGGCGCUGAUUCCAGCGAUGAUGAAGACGACGGCGGCACGUCUCAAACCCAGACCGAUGAGCUAGCUCUUCUCGACGACGACGACAGCAUGGACCCACAAAACCCGGAGGACGAGACACAAGGAAUGGAGAUCCCGACAGGCUUUCGCAUUCAAGAAGUUAAACCCGUUGCUCUUGACAGUUUUUGCUUUUGCGACGUGGAGGGCUCGUUAGGCUGGGGAUGGGGUGGUUUGGAGGGUUGAUCAUUCAGCAAUCUCAGCAGGACACUCGCCACCCGUACGACCACUGUGUGCAGCUGGAG